AUGAUUCCAACACAAUUGUUCCAACAUGUAACUGCUGGCAACCUUCAGAAUGUCCUUUGCAAGGUUAGAGGUGGUAAAGCUGUUUUUCAAUUUUAUCGUGAUAGCCCUGAUCAGGUUAGAGGUGGUAAAGCUGUUUUUCAAUUUUAUCGUGAUAGCCCUGAUCAGGUUGAGUUGAUAACACUUCAGACUAUGAAGUCUGGUUUUACAGAAGGAGUUGUUGUUGAUUAUCCAAACAGUUCCAGAGCUAAAAAGAUGUUUUUAUGCUUGUUUGCUGGAGUUAAUAUGACUAAAUUACCACAGGCACUAGGAACUGAUGAUUCGAGCACAACAAUUGACUACACUAACUCACGGCAAUCAAGCAAAUUCACGAUUGGUAAACCAGCUAAAAAAAGCAAGGCUUGGAUUGUCCAGAAGAAAGACAAACGUAAAAGACAAGGAAGAUGUGAGAGCUGACUCUAAAUAUUCUGGUAGAAAGCGAAAACCGCAAUUUUAAAAAAUCCUAAAUAUGUUUCGGAUUUAGUAAUCCAGUUAAAUGGGGUUGUGGAAUAUUUAUCAAUCUGAACCUACAGAGUGAAGAUUUUUAUUGAAAAAAAAAAAUACUGAAACAAAAGAACUUUUUUUAAAAAGGAAUAAUAGUUUGGAUUAGUUGUUUUGUUUUGAUUUAUAAAUCUGUCACUUUUUCUGGCGAACACCAUUUGACAUCAUUUCUGG